AUGGCGUCCGCGACCUCACCUACGACCUCGCUGCCCUCGCGCGCGACCACGGGACUCAGCUCCCAGACCGAAGAUGCGGUGCCCGACUUUGACCCGACGACGACGGCUGGACUGCUCGCCGAGCGUCUGCAGGCGUGGAAGCACGCGGUCGGCUAUCUCGAGGAGUAUGUCACUGCCAUUGAGAAGAUCCACGGCCGCCACGCCAAGGAAUAUGAGAAGGCACUCAAGACUAUCUCAAACCCCCUCCGCGAGGGCCACCACUUCGACCAGAGCCUCGGCGGUAUCGCUGGAUUCUUCGAAAACAUGCGCUCCAACACCCAGGCCAUGAUCAACACCAACCUCGAGACCGAGAAGAGCAUCAAAGGCUCCGUCCUGCCCAUCCUCGAGCGCCUGCACAAGGAGAUCAAGCACAAGGCCAAGGAGCUCUCGAGCGGUGCCCAGAGCGGCGCCAAAGAGCUCGAGAAGCUUCGCAAUACGACGCAGAAGCACAUUGAGCUGCUCGGACAGCAAACGGCCUCGUUCGACUCGACCGGCGGCAAGAUAAACGGACACGACGAUCCGUAUGUCGUACACCGCGGUGUCUUGCACAGACUGAGCAACCAGGUUGUUGCCGAGAACAACCACAAGAACGACCUCAUUUCGGUGCAGAACAACUUCAAGACAUUCGAGGCACACGUCCUCCAGGUCCUUCAGCAGGGAAUGGAAGCCUUUGUGCAGUUGGUCGGUGGCCAGGGCGAGAAGACCCGCGCGUUGUACGGCGACAUGCUGGGCACCGUCCAAUGCAUCCCCCUGGACUUUGAGUGGACAAACUUCACCCAGCGGAGCGCCGACCGACUCGCCAACCCCAACGACCCGGCGCGCUCAGUCGAUGCGAUCCAGUUCCCUAACAUGGACCACGCCGCCACGAAGCCGCUGAUCGAAGGAUCGCUGGAGCGCAAGUCUCGCAACAAGCUCUCAUGGGGCUACUCGACCGGUUACUACGUUGUGACGCCAUCCAAGUUCUUGCAUGAGUUCAAGGACUCGGAUGACACACGCGCAGACCCGAAGCCCGAGCUCUCCAUCUAUCUGCCCGAUGCCGUCAUCGGAGCCCCCAGCGGCGACAAGUUCAACAUCAAGGGCAAGGACCGGAGCAAGACGAUCAGCAGCAAGCUCACAGGCAGCGCGGAGCUGGCGUUCAAGGCGCACACCGCCGCGGACGCGCAAAAGUGGUUCAAGAUCAUCCAGACCGUGUGCGGCGCCACAGGUCCCGCGGAGCCGACGUCCCCCGUGCCCGAGUCGCCCGUGGCGACGUCUCCUGUUGCCAGGACGGCAUCGGGCGAGAAGGCCGAGGCGGCAAGGGCUGAGGACCAGCUGGCGAUGAACUCGCCCGUGGCCGAGACUCCAACCCACCAGCACAAGGCACAGGAGGCGGGUGUGACGGGCGGUGAGGCGGCCCCGGCAACGACUACGGCGACGUCGCCUGUCGCCCCGGCUGCCGGGGCUGUCCCCGCCGAGAAGAAAUUCGAGGCGGCUUAA